AUGACACAGAAUGGAAAGCUAUCCUUGUUGGACGUCUUCUUGAAAGGCGGAAACCUCGGUGACGCCGCUGUCUCCGCGCUUCUCUGCAUGGGUGUCGCGGCACCGCACCUGAUGGGCCUAGGCGGGGGAUUCCUGGCGCUCUACUAUGACGACAAAAGCGAUAAAGUCGAAGCUUUGAAUGCCCUUGGAGUGUCGCCAGCUGACGUGACCAACGUGGAUGAGAACGCAAUCAAGCGAGGAGCGAAGGCGUCGAUUGUGCCGGGAGCCGUACGAGGUUACGAGGAACUUCACAAAAAGCUCAAAGGAACUAUGAAGUGGGGAGAUCUCUUCGCCCCUGCUAUCAAGUUGGCCAAGGAAGGCUUUCCCAUCAAGAAACACUUUGCAAAAGUUCUCGCCAAGCACGCAACUGAAUUAUCAAAUACGGACAUCAAGAAAAUAUUUAAUGGCGUCAGCAAAGAAGGCGACAAGCUUGUGCAACCGGAUCUUGCAAAACUUCUGGAAGACAUUUCAAAGAAAGGCGCAGAACAUUUCUACACUGAAGUCGGCAAAGAAAUUGUCAGCGGCCUUGGAACAGAUGCCGUGUUGACCAAGGACGACUUCAAAAACUACAAACCUACGUGGUCUCUGCCAGUGGAGUCAAAAUAUUUUGUCUACAGGUUUUACGCUCCACCGUUUCCAUCCAGUGGUGUGUUGUUCCUCGCAGCGAUUCCAACAGGAGUGCUCAAGUAA